AUGGACUUCAGCUUGGAAAGUCUCGAUUACCUAAAUCGGGACCGGCUAGCAAUGUCCCCACCGGCCAGUACACCUCCUCCCGCUGGUGUCAUCGGCCACUCUGGCCAAACGACAGAACCUCCAACAGUUAAGGACAGGGUGCAAGAUAACAGGCACACGAACAACACCGAACUUCAAACGAGUGAUCCCCGCGAAAAGCAGCAAGCCAAUGGCCAGGAGAAUUCCACUCAUAACCCCGACCCUGAGAACCCUACUGACAUCUAUAAUGCCCGCACUAUCGCGGAUAUCAAAGCCACCUUGUCCCAUCUUCACGAUCGCGAAGCCGCCGUAACUGCCCGCCUUGAUGCACUCAUAGCUUCCCAGAAAGAUUUCUCCCGCGAACUAGGCCGACUAGAUCUGCUCCGCGCCCACCUAGGCUCACAAGCAACCACUGCCCGUACAAUCAGCCAUGGUAUGCUUGCGGACGCUGCUAGCACAGCGGACCGCAUCUCCAGCGCCGUCAAGCGCCUCGAUCUCCAACAGUCGCGUGUCAAGGCUACACUGGACGUAGUGGAACAAGUUGUGGAGUUGAAAGCGUGCGUGCUAGGCGUAGCUGGCUCAAUGGGCGCAUCACAGGAUUGGGAAAUGGCGGCGAGUUACAUGAAUCGUGCAUCGAAGAUCCCCGAAGAGGUCAUACAUGGUGAUUUUGCUGCGGAGAUCGUGCCUACUGCUGAAGUUCCGGACCCGCCAAGUGUGACGCUAGAGAAUGCGGCUGAAUCGCUCUGCGGGUUGUUCCUGCGAGAAUUUGAACGGGCUGUCAAGGACAACAAUGAUGCGAAGAUCACGCGGUUUUUUAAGCUGUUUCCGCUCAUUGGAAGGUCAGCCGUCGGGCUGGAUGUGUACGGACGCUAUGUGUGUCAGGGCGUCGCGGCACGGGCAAGGGCUAAUUUACAUGCUGGGGCAGGCGCGGAGCAAAGGAAAGAUGGAUUCUUUUAUGCAAAUGCGUUGACCAAGCUGUUUGAACACAUUGCGCAGAUUGUUGACGGGCAUGGGGCAUUAGUGGAGAGACACUAUGGUCCGGGCAAGAUGAUGAGGGUCGUGGAGAGGCUGCAGGUCGAGGCGGAUGUUCAGGGGGGCAUCAUUUUGGAGUCUUGGAGCGAUGACCGCCAUGUUGAUCGCAAGUUGACGGACAUCAAGUCUUAUGCUUUCACAUUUCUUGUACAAAGCUUUCUACCUGCUGCGAGAGGCAUGGGAACACCUCGAGCAAACUCACCCGCUACUCGCGAUGCCGCUUCACAACGAUCAAGCGAGGAUGAGGGAGUAGAUAUGAAAGAGAUCGAUGGACUUUUGAAUGAGAUGGCUGUUAUGUUGGGGAGGUGGUCAUUAUAUUCCCGCUUCUUAGCAGAUAAAUGCAGUAACGACAAUCAUGAGGAAUUAGAACUACCGGACUUCAUUAUUCAAUCAGCGCUGUGUCAGAAGGUUAGCGAUCGGUUAAUCCAUCCUUUCAACUCAAUGACCACGUUUUUCCUCCGGCGGUCGGUGGAGAAGGCUUUCCAGUUGGAUGAAGGACCUCCAGAACUAACGCUGAACCGACACCAACCCUUACGUGCCAACCCACCACACAUUACCUCAGCCGUGGACGACAUCAUGUACAUCGUCAACAAAGUACUUCAGCAGUCACUACGCACCGCGCAACACGCCGUUAUGGCCAGUGUGACGCCGUCGCUGGCCCGAGUUCUUGGCACUGAUUUCAUCGGCAUGAUCCAGCGCAAAAUGCGGGACGAAAGUUACCCCAGAGGAACGGCAGGUGGCCCUCCGCCUGAAGCCACUGUCAUCGCCUUCCUAGUCCUCAUCAACAACCUUGACGUGGCAAUCGAGUACAUCCAGCGCAUCGUGAAAAACCACGUGGGGACUACCAAACCAGAAAUUGGGAGUAAUCGGACUGGCAACGCGGCUACUGGCGAAUCCCCGCUGGCCAACCUCUUCCCGCUUGAUGACGAGGCGGAGAAAGUAGGCAACAUGCUAAAAUCAUUCUCCUCCUCGUUUGAAUCCAAAGCGCAAGACCUCGUCAAUGAUGGGAUUCAAGUUGUGUUCAAUAAUGUCAUAAAGGGCCAUCUCCGACCUAUUCUAGCAGAUUCAUUCCGUGACAUCGAGUACCAACCCCGGGAUGGCGGUGAUGAUGAUGAUGAUGAUGAGAAUGGGCUUGCAGAUGGAGAGGGGUUGAUGGAUGAGGCCGAGGGGAGUGCGGUCCGUCACCGGUUCGCAACGGCAUGGGCGGAUCUUCUAGAACCGAUCGCACGAAUCCUUAGUGGCCGGGCCUUUGAGCGGCUACUUAGCGUGACUGUGGCUGCACUGGCACGAUUAUUAGAAAAACGUAUCUGGUCGUAUCAUGGCCGUGUGAAUGCGUUAGGGGCAACGCGGCUGGAGCGAGACGUAAUGGGGAUUGUGAGUGCAGCAGUGAAUGUGGGCGGGGACGAUGGGGGGGGUCGCAAAGGUGGUAGCGCAGGGGAGGAGGAUCGCGCGAGGCUGUAUGGAGGGGGACGAUAUCGGCACCGUGAGGCUUUCGGGCGGUGUUUGCAGAUUGUGAUGGUGAUGGGGAUGGAGGAGGAGGAGUGGGAAGAGGUGGUGCGCGGUGGCAUGGAGGAUGUGGUGGAUCGCUUGAGUGUGGAUGAACGGGUGAGGGCGAGGGGGAUAGUUGUGUAA